GUUCAUUUUCCAGACACUGAAAGAGCAGAAUGGCUAAAUAAGACUGUAAAGCACAUGUGGCCUUUUAUUUGCCAAUUCAUAGAGAAGCUGUUUCGAGAGACCAUAGAGCCAGCCGUGCGGGGAGCAAACACCCACCUCAGCACCUUUAGCUUCACGAAGGUGGAUAUGGGCCAGCAGCCCCUUAGGGUCAAUGGUGUUAAGGUAUAUACUGAAAAUGUAGACAAAAGGCAAAUUAUUCUGGACCUUCAGGUUAGUUUUGUAGGAAAUUGUGAGAUUGAUCUGGAGAUCAAACGUUAUUUUUGUAGAGCUGGUGUGAAAAGCAUACAGAUCCAUGGGACGAUGCGGGUGAUCCUGGAACCCCUGAUUGGAGACAUGCCUUUAGUUGGAGCCUUAUCCAUCUUCUUCCUCAGGAAACCGCUUUUAGAGAUUAACUGGACGGGGCUGACCAAUCUUCUGGAUAUCCCUGGAUUAAAUGGCUUAUCUGAUACUAUCAUUUUGGAUAUAAUAUCAAACUAUCUGGUGCUUCCCAAUCGAAUCACUGUUCCUCUUGUCAGUGAAGUUCAAAUAGCUCAAUUGCGGUUUCCUGUACCAAAGGGUGUUCUGAGGAUCCAUUUCAUUGAAGCUCAGGAUCUUCAGGGCAAAGAUACUUAUCUCAAGGGCCUGGUCAAGGGAAAGUCAGACCCAUAUGGAGUUAUCCGUGUGGGAAACCAAAUCUUCCAAAGCAAGGUCAUCAAAGAGAACCUGAGCCCAAAGUGGAACGAAGUGUAUGAGGCUUUAGUAUAUGAGCACCCUGGACAAGAGUUGGAAAUUGAGCUUUUUGAUGAAGACCCAGACAGAGAUGACUUCUUAGGAAGUCUUAUGAUUGAUCUCACUGAAGUUGAAAAGGAGCGCCUUUUAGAUGAAUGGUUCACUCUGGAUGAGGUUCCCAGAGGAAAGCUGCACCUGAAGCUGGAGUGGCUCUCCCUGCUGCCGGAUGCCUCACACCUCGAUAAGGUGCUGGCAGACAUCAGAGCUGACAAAGACCAAGCCAGUGAUGGUCUUUCUUCUGCACUGCUGAUCUUGUACUUGGAUUCAGCACGGAAUCUUCCGAGUAACCCAUUAGACUUUAACCCCGGUGUCUUGAAGAAGGCUGCGGUUCAGAGAGCAUUAAAGUCAGGGAAGAAAAUAAACAGCAACCCAAAUCCUCUUGUCCAAAUGUCAGUUGGUCACCAGGCACAGGAGAGUAAGAUUCGAUACAAAACCAAUGAACCUGUGUGGGAGGAAAACUUUACCUUCUUUAUUCACAACCCCAAGCGACAGGAUCUUGAGAUCGAGGUCAAAGAUGAACAGCACCAGUGCAGUCUGGGGACCCUGAGGAUCCCACUCAGUCAGCUGCUGGCAAGUGAGGACAUGACUGUGAGCCAGCGCUUCCAGCUCAGCAACUCAGGGCCCAACAGCACCUUGAAGAUGAAGGUCGCCCUCAGGGUGCUCCAUCUUGAAAAGCAAGAAAGGCCUCCAGACCACCAACAUUCAGCUCAGGUGAAACGACCCUCUGUUUCCAAAGACGGGAGGAAAGUACUUGUCAGGUCUCAGGCGUCUGCAUCUCCAGCCACCAGUGGCAGCAGCACGGCUCCCUCUACCCCUGUCACUGGAGCCACAGAUAAGCCUGGUGCAGAAGAGAAGGCUCCACCCCCUGAGACCAGCCCUCCUGCCCAACGCGACCUGGGCAGGAGCACCUCCAGCCUCCUGGCCUCACCAAGCCAUGCCGCCAUCAAAGAGCCUACUCCUAGCAUCGCCUCAGAUAUAUCACUGCCCAUUGCCACCCAGGAGUUGCGUCAGAGGCUGAGACAGCUUGAAAACGGCACGAUGCUGGGGCAGUCUCCGCUGGGGCAGAUCCAGCUGACCAUCCGGCACAGCUCGCAGAGGAGCAAGCUCAUCGUGGUGGUGCACUCCUGCAGAAAUCUCAUCGCUUUCUCAGAAGAUGGCUCUGAUCCAUAUGUCCGCAUGUAUUUAUUGCCAGACAAGAGGAGGUCAGGAAGGAGGAAAACUCAUGUAUCAAAGAAGACGCUAAACCCCGUGUUUGAUCAGAGCUUUGAUUUCAACGUGUCACUCCCUGAAGUGCAGAGGAGGACGCUGGAUGUUGCCGUGAAGAACAGUGGCGGCUUCCUGUCCAAAGACAAAGGGCUGCUUGGCAAAGUGCUGGUGGCUUUGGCAUCUGAAGAACUUGCUAAGGGCUGGACCCAGUGGUAUGACCUCACAGAGGACGGGACGCGACCCCAGGUGGUGACGUAGCCAUGCAGGAUGCGAGUUUCCCUCAGCGACCACCCUGCCCACCUUCACUGGGACACAUCCUCUUUGCAGAUGUACCAAUGUUAUUUUUAUAAUUUUGUGUAUUUAGUCAUAUAUAUACCUUAAUAAUUUUAUAAAAACUCUUGGAAUUUUAGCCAAACUCAGCCAAUAUUAUUGUUCUUUUUACGUUGAAUUCCUCCAGGCGUGGCGAGCCCCUGUGUUGUGCAGUGGGGUGUGGCCAGCUGUGCCCGCUGGAGGCUUAUGCCUGGGCUCCCAGCAUUGCUGCCUUGUUUGUAUAGCGCUGUGGGGCACCACGCGCGACAUGUAAAUAGACUAAUUUUUUAUAAUCUCUCCAUGCUAGUUUGGUCUCAGAAGAAAAUGGAUCAAGAAAAUACAUAUUUUCUUCUAAAACUUA